CUCAAAAAGAAAGAAAAGUCAACAUUAGUCAAAUGAGUUAUUCAUAAAAUGCUGAAGUGUACAAAAAGUAAUAAUAGGGUCACAAAAUGCAGUAAAAAUCGUUUACAGAAGGUCGUUUAAAUCUCUUUAAUAGAAAGUAAUAAUUCAUUAAUUUUAGUACAAAGUUUACACGGAUAUAUAAUAUAGUUAUUUUACAAAUAUCACUCUGUGCAGCUGCGUACGUCGUAUUUUUUUUGUACAUAAUUUUGUGAAUUUACGUCGAAAUUUUCUUCAUAGUUCAAAUCGAUUUACGGGUUUGAUAUACAUAUUGUAUAUCUAGUGAAAAGAAAAAGAAUAAAUUAAUAAAAAUUUAAUUUUUAUUUAGUCAUUGAGUCAUCAGGAAAAACGGUUAGACUUGUAAAAAUGGGUAGAUCAAGAUCGCGGAGUAAAUCGCCGAGUAGGCGGCGUCACAAGAGUAAGCAUUCGCGAAAAAGAUCAAAAUCUCGUGAAAAACGUUCAACCAGCAAAUAUUCAGAAAAACCCAAAGAACGCAGUUCAAAGACAAGAAAAAGGUCACACUCUCCAUCUUCGAGUUCAGCAUCAGAUAUUUCCGAUGAUAUUCACAUUGUCAGUCAUAAAAAGCGUUCUUAUCGAGACAGAGAAAGGGAUCGCAAAAUGGACGAAGUUGAAAGACUGGCGGAAAUGGAGAGACAGAGGAAAAAGAAAGAAUUAACGAACAAAAUCCUCGUGACGAGUGCGGUUGGGCGGCAGCGGGAGGUGGAGCAAAAAAUGGUUGAGGAGGAAGCUGCAAAACGAAUCGAGGAACUUGUACAAAAAAGGGUUGAGGAAGAACUCGAGAAACGAAAGGAGGAAAUUGAGGCCGAGGUACAAAAAAGAGUAGAAGAGGCUAAACGAGCCAUGGAACGACAAAUGAUGGAGGAAAUGGAAUGGCGACAAGCAAAACUACGUGAAGAGGAAAAGCGACGAGAGGAAGAAGAGCGGAAAAAGCGCGAGGAACUCGAGAGGAUCAUGGAGGAAAACAACAGAAAAAUCGAGGAAGCACAAAAGAAAUUGGCCGAGGAAAGACUUGCAAUGGUCGAGGAGCAACGACUAAUGGAAGAAGAGAGGCAAAAAAUGAGAAAAGAACAUGAAAAAAGAGUGAAAGAAGAACAGAAAAAGAUUCUCGGAAAAAAUAAUUCGAGGCCAAAAUUGUCAUUUUCACUUAAAUCAGUAACGUGAGUCUCGGGCCUAAUUGAAUAUACAUUAUUAUAUUAAAAAAAAGAACAUACAUUCUUAUGUCAGUUUAAAAACUGAUUUAUAAAAUGAACACUAAACUUGUAAAUUUCACUGCGCUUUGUAAAAUUGCAAGACUAAUAAUUAUAAGUGUUUGAAAAUACUUGAAAAAUGCUUUUUUUUUUGUUCUUUUAUUUAAAUUUUUUUUUAUAACUUUCCUAUAUUCUUUAACACUUUCUAUAAAUUUAGCAUAUUUCAAGUAUUUUCAAACUGAGUAUUUUAAAAAGAAUAUAUAUUUUUCUUUAAUAUUACUUGAACGAUACGAAGAUGAUCUUUUGUGGAAUUUUUUUUUAUAAUUGAGUAAAAAAAAUAUUUCAGAGAUCAGUAAAUUGCUUAAUUUUAGAAUCAUUUUUGAUUCUCGAUAAUAUACAAUAUUUUUUUUUGUAUGAAUUACACAAGAGAAGAUUAAAAAUAUUUUAAUUUGCAAGAAUUUUAAAAUCGUAUUAUUAUUUUCUGUAGAAUUAAUAAUUAAGAGUUGAUUUAUACCAUUAUAUUUAAUUUUAUUAAAAAUAAUUGUUGAACUGUUUUUCUUGUGAGAGAAAUGUGAAAUAUUUACAAUUAUUAAGGAAAAAAAAAAAAAAAAACAAAAAUCAAGUGUAUAUUGAGCUUAACAGGAAAGCGAUAAUCGAAAGUAGAAUUUUUUAGAAUAUAAUAAUUAAUCUUUUAAGCUAUGAACUGAAGUGAUGAAAUAGAAUAUGUAUACUUGCAAAAAUAAAACGUUAGGGCGUUAUACUUUUA